UCCGGUCUUUGCUGCUGUUUCCUGCUGUGAGUGCGACCCCGUCUGGGACUUGUCGGGUGACUUCCUCCCGCCGCCCCCCAGCCACGGAGACAGCUGCAACCCGGGACAUCAGACCUGACCCCGAUCCCGCCGGCACCGAGGAGCAGGGAAGCCAGGUUCCUCCGCCACCUCCCAGCCAGGCUCCCGACGGCACUGAAGAGGGAGACAGGGGGCCCAGCUACCCCUCGCACAGAAUGCCCGAGGGCCCUGAGCUGCACCUGGCCAGCCGCUUUGUGAAUGAGGCAUGCAGGGGGUUGGUGUUUGGCGGGUGUGUGGAGAAGUCCCCCGUCAGCCGCAACCCUGAGGUGCCCUUCGAGAGCAGUGCCUACUGCAUCUCCUCCUCAGCCCGCGGCAAGGAGCUGCGCCUGACCCUGAGUCCCCUGCCUGGGGCCCAACCGCCACGGGAGCCGCUGGCCCUGGUCUUCCGAUUUGGCAUGUCCGGCUCCUUCCAGCUGGCGCCCAGCGAGGCGCUGCCAGCCCAUGCCCACCUGCGCUUUUACACGGCCCCGCCCAGCCCCCGACUUGCCCUCUGCUUCGUGGACAUCCGCCGCUUCGGCCACUGGGACCUCGGGGGCAAGUGGCAGCCGGGCCGCGGGCCUUGUGUCUUGCUGGAGUAUGAGCAGUUCAGGGAGAAUGUGUUACGAAACCUAGCGGACAAGGUCUUUGACAAGCCCAUCUGUGAGGCCCUCUUGGACCAGAGGUUCUUCAAUGGCAUUGGCAACUAUCUUCGGGCAGAGAUCCUGUACCGAUUGAGGAUCCCCCCCUUCGAGAAAGCUCGCAAGGUUCUAGAGGCACUGCAGCAGCGCAGGCCGGACUCAGCUACCUUCUCAGUGGUCCUAUGUCAGGCUGACAGCCAGGUCCUGCACCUGCUCCUUCUCCAGAACCCAGAGCUGACCCUGAGCCAGAAGAUCAGGGCGAAGCUGCAGAACCCAGACCUGCUGGAACUGUGCCAUUUGGUGCCCAAGGAAGUGGUCCAACUGGGGGGCAAAGGUUACGGGCCGGAGAAUGGGGAGGAGGACUUUGCUGCCUUUCGGGCAUGGCUACAGUGCUACGGCAUGCCGGGCAUGAGCUCCCUGCAGGACCGGCAUGGCCGCACCAUCUGGUUCCAGGGGGAUCCCGGACCCUUGGUACCCAAAGGGGGCAAAUCCCGCAAGAAGAAACCCAAGGGAGCACAGCAGGGUCCCAAGCACAGAUCUGAGGAUCCUCUCCUUCCAAGCACCGCCCCUUCCAGAACACAUAGGGCACAGAGAGGCCUUCCUGAGCAAACUACAGCCCGGCAGCCCGAGGGGACCAGCCUCUCGCAGGACUCAGAAGUCCCCCUAGUCCCUAAGAAAGGAAAAAGGAGGGGACGACCAACAACCUCAGGCCACCGCAGACCCCAAAAGAUCAAGGCUGACACCCCAUCCUUGGAGAAUGGGGGGACCUGAGCCUCUUAGCAGGAGGGUCUCCUUGCUCACAUCCAUCCUUUCCCUCUGCCUGCGCCAGAGCAAGGGGCCUGGGCAGCUGGCUGGCAGCAGGCUGGAGCUGAAGGUGCCUGGCUGCCCCUGUGCCUGUGUCCUUCACAGCUAUGAUUUUAAUUGUACCCCACCUUCCCCAUUUUUUAAGCCCGUGUGAGAAAUACUGUAGCUUUCCAUAAACUAAUAAACUUGAACUUCUUGGCA